AUGUGGGCGGUACAGCUACGAUGCGAUGCUCCAAGCGAUCAAUCCGCGCCGUGCACUCGUUGCCAGGAAUUGGAACAAACGUGCGAGAUGGACACGAGCUACAAGCGUGUGAAUAAAAAAAUGAAGCUCGAAGAGUUAAGUGCUCAGGUUGAGCACCUGUUAGCCACGGUCGCAACGAAAUCACUCUCUCCUGCCCUGUCUUGGGACACACAGGAUGGACUCGUUUUUGACGAAGGUCCGGAUGAUGAUUGUCAGAUACGUGACAAUGCCUCCUUGAGCGGAACAGAUGCAGCCAGACUGCCCUUCGGCACAGAUUACUUCGACUCUCUUGACCCACCUUCGGCUUUCAAAGGUUGCGCUGAUUCUCGGAACAUCCAGCCGACACCAAGUGAUGACAACAGAUUGCGGAGUUGUGUCACUAGGAAACUAGAAGACGUGGUCGUCAGCAUGGAGCAGAUUGAUCGCUUAUUUACCGAAUACUUCGAUCAUUACCAUCGCUUUCUCAGGCUCCUCGAUCCCACAUGCUCACCCGAUCACUACUAUGGAAAGUCGCCUUUCCUCUUCUGGACCAUAAUAUCGGUCGCUGCUCGUCGAUUCGAUGAAGAACCAACCCUUCUCGCAAGCUUGAGAAACUCGGUCACCAAACUUGCUUGGGCCGAAAUCUCUUCUCUCCCACACACAAUUGAUACUAUCAAGGGUCUUCUGCUUCUAUGCUGUUGGCCUUUUCCAGUGGGGUCCGAGGCGUCCGACGUGACCUCUGUUUUCAUCAGUAUCGCAAUGCAGAUGGCGAGAAAGUUGGGUUUGCACAAUCCACAAAAUUCCCAGGAUUUUUUGGGAUACAAAUUCCGGCCAAGCCGAGAACAGACGCAUGAUAUGAUCAAAACAUGGUCUGCGUGCAAUAUUGUUGCUCACAGCUAUUCCGCAAGUUCCGGCCAGUGGUCUUUAUUCGCACAAGACUGGAUAAUAGAUCAGGCUUGUGAGCCAGGAAAUAGUUUGUCGCUUCCGGAUGGCUUACGCCAUCGUGGAGUACCCUUUGAACAGGAAAGAAUUCGGAUGUUGAAGCAACUGCGUGAUGACCUGGAUGAACUACAAAGCAGUCUCUAUCCUAACCUAGGCUCGAUUGAUAAACUACAUUUUUGCGCUCUCCGUUUCCAGUUAGAAUCCUACUACUUUUAUGAUCUUGCUGAUGCAAAUGCACGACGACAAGGAUUGUUGAGGGCCUACAGCAACGCCUGUAUCUUCAUCACCGGACUACUAGACGAAGAUAAGGCAACGGAACUGUUCCUCUACAGCUCCUACGAGCUCCUUCGAGUUCUUUGGCAAGCCAUGCAGAUUAUUUCAGAUAUUCUAAUAUCUGUAUAUGCUCAUCAUGUUGUCUCUGAAGUCGGUCAUCGCCUCUUCCAUGCUGGAAUCGCGGGCACAAAACGCGCUUCUGUUGAAAACAACGACAUGCCCGGUCGCCUCUCCGUCAUCAUGUCCCAGUUGUGGAGGAUGAGGAAUGCAAGAGUUGAUCCGUUACUGGAAGAGCCUAGACUUCGUAUCAAGAGUCGGCUGGGUGCUAGCACUCUUUAUAAUUGGCUCUGGUAUUGGAGAGAAUCAUUUGCAGGUCAAACAAAUGCCUACCCACCAUCUCCACCAGUCUCUUUGAUAUUACCAGGACAGUUCGAAGGGUCAGGAAGCGAGUCGUUUCUCGACAUCAAUCCGGGGCCACCAAAGGAGCUUGGGGACAAUUCUCACUGGGGUAUCGACUGGACGAGCAAUUUGGGAGCCAGUGCUGAUUUCCUUGGCAGCUGGACAUUUUGA